GAGCAAAGCUGUCAUCUGUCAAUUCGAGUUUUGUAGGAAGGUGUCAGAUUCAGUCAGCUUAAUCAAAACAAAUAACAUAAAUGUGUACUAGAUUCUAGUUAUCAAAAAUCAGAUUUAAGCAAAUAUGUUUAUGAAAAUCAUCUACUUACUGCUGUUAAUGAGAAUUCACUUUGUGUUCAGUCAUUACUGUGAAUUUGCUUGGUGCAAUGACGAGACGCAAGACUGCUGUGGCGACAAUAAAUGCUGUGACAAAUCUUUGGAUCUGACCUUUGUUUGGGUGGGAUUUCUAAUUGCAUUCCUCAUCAUAACAAUAAUCUUCAUAUGGCACAAAUGGAAAAACAACCAGAGCAAAACUGAUUAUAAAUAUCACACUUUACAAACAGAGCCACCACAAACCAUUUAAAUGUCAUUUCUUUUAUUUAUUAUUGUUACUGUGAUCAGUAGUUGGUAGAAUGUACUUAAUUAUGAAAUGGAAAAAAAAGUAUUAUAAUCUGUAUAUUAAUUAAUUGUGAUAUAAUUUAGGG